AUGACAGGCGAGCUUGAAGAACAGUUCACAAAGAUUACAGGUUUAUCUGCAUCUCAUGUGGGAUUUGUUGCACAAUCUCACAACUCAAAAAGCGAAGUGAUGCUAGCUGCAACCAGUAGCAAUAUACCUGUUAUGAGAAUGAUUACACCUCACAACCAAACACUUCACUUUGCAAUCAGAAAGGUAUCCGAAAAAAAGUUUCAUUCAAUAUUAGGUUUCCAUGCUAAUGACUCCACUACUACCAAAUCUACACGUGAAGACUUUAACGAGGAGAAUUUCCUGAAUGGCGGAGUUGAGUUUUCUCAUUUCUAUGUUGCUAAUGAAGAUAAUGAUGGAGGUAUUUUAAAUCAACAAAAUGACUGGAAUACAAUAUACGACCAGACCUAG